ACGUGCGUUUGUGUUUUGUUUGUAUCGUGCGAAGAUGAUUUAAAUCACUCACAAAAUGAAUAUAAUUCAAAUAAUUGUACAGUUUUAACCAGUUGUGAUACGUUUUAACACUGUUUUAUCUAGUUUUAUCUGGAGUGUCUAAAUUUGAAAAUGGAACUUCGAAUUCAAAGCCUCCAACAACAACUUGUUGAUCUUGGUUACCACUAUGCAAUCAAAGGCGAUUCGGUGCUACUGGUCGAAAAACUCGUGGCUGACUUGAUUGAAACCACCGAUAAUUUGCGAAAAUACAUGCAAAUUGCCCAGGAGGCUAUUGAGGAGAGAGAUGCUUUGAAGUUUGGUGCUGAGCCAUACAAGUGUGAUAAUGCUAAAUUGACUCAGCAAUGUAAUGAUUUGCACCUUAAACUUAUAGAUGCAAAAGAAUCACAUGCAAAAGAUGUCAGAGAUUUAAAGAGAACACUGUGUAAAUUGGAAAAAGAAAGGGAAGAAUUCAUUGCAAGCAAUAAGAAACAAAGGGAAAGAAUUAGAGAACUAGAAUUAGAUGCAGUGAGAAAGUCCUCCAGACAUACAUCUUCUUCAAAUAUCUUGCCUUGUUCAACAAAGAAAUCCAAAGAGUUUGAAGCUGCAAUGGCAAUGACAGAGCAAAAAGUUUCCAGUUUGACAAGAGAGGUUUGUAAGUUAAAACAACAACAGUUAGAGUUGUGUGCUAUCAAUGAUGAGCUCAAAUCUAAAUUAACACAUAGAGAGAAAGAGAUUACAAGAUUGAAUAGAAUGUUGGAAGGUGGCAGGCCACUUGAUGCAUUAACAAAUGAAUGUUGCUAUCAAGAAAUUCAAAGGGAAAUGAAAGGCAAGCAAGAGGAGAUUAAAUUCUUACAGACGUCAAAAAGUGAAAUGGAAAUUAAACUUAAAGAUGCCAGGAACAAACAGCAUGAGGCUAUGAAGCAUGCUUUAAGUUUAGCUGAAAGAAACACACAACUGGAAAAAGAAUUGAGGGAUAUUGAUCAAAUGGCACUUACUGUUGAACAAGAGUGUAAUGAUUCUAAGAAAACUUGUGAUGUAAAGAUGAAGAAAAUGCAGGAAAGAUUACAGUCUGCUUUAAUUGAAUUGCAAUCCCUUGAGAAGGAAUUGCAGACGAUGCGAAUUGAAAAAGAGCAGAUGCGUGCAGAUUUAGACGCGGCAAGAAUUGAAAAAAGACAUUUACAAGGCAUUUUGGAGGAUUCUCUUGAAGAUAAAAAGAGUUUAUCGGAUAAAAUUAAUUGUUUUACCAUUAUAGAACAAGAUUUGAACAAAGAAAUUGAUAGAUUGGUGCAACAAACGGCUGAACAAACAAGAACGAUUGCUGAUCUGAAAGGACAACUCAUGGUAAUGAGAUCUAGAGAAUCUAAACUGAUUCCAUUGCCAGUUGAUUCCGAAAAUGAUCAACCAAGAAUGAGAACGUGUCGUAAAAAAUCACCACCAGUAAAAUCUUCCAAACAAAAAGAAAACAAAAAACCGAGUACAAGUAAAUCUCCCUCGCCUACAAGACGUCAAUCUUCAAGAGGAACAAAACCUCCUACAAACACACCGACGUCACCGUGUGCUAACAGUGAUUACGCUGAAUAUGUUGACCGUAUUAAAUCAGAACGAGAUUUUUAUGUUCGUGAAUACAAGGCGCUUCUUGAAAAGAUGCGAAACGGUUCGAAUACUCUUGGUAGAAAUUACAAUUUAAACAUUCAAAACUCACUAGAAAAUUACAACUUAAGAGAAGCGCCACAAAGGGAAAGAGAAGUCAAUGUUGAAAGAGAAACAAAUCAUUUUACAUAUUCUAAUGCGGCAAAUGAUGAAGUUCGAGAGUUGAAGGAACAAGUUUCACAAUUGCGCGUAGAGAGCUUAAAUUUAUCGAAAGAAAAACACAAUUUAUUACAACGGCUAGAAAAUGUGCGUGAUUAUUCCGAUGCUACAGAAUAUUUGACUUUAAAAGCCACUUCUAAGAGAGUUGAGAGGGAAAGGGAUAUUUUAAAAGCUGAUGUUGAUCGUUUGGAAGAGGAACGUGAUAAUAUGAAACACAGAGUUAAAAUUACCAGUGAAAUGCAUGCUUCGGAAAUAGAACGUUAUAAAAAGUUGAUUUCUGAUCUAGAAGAACAAUUGCGGAAGGUUGAUAAAGAACGGUAUGAUGUACUUCAGAAUCAAGGAUCCAGACGUGCGACUAUUACCAAUUUAGAGGAUCAGGUUGAAACUCUCAAAGCACAGUUGAAAUCCUGCAGUGAUGAAUUGAUUCAUCAUAAAACAAUUUACACACAGCUCAAAGUAUUGCAUGAACAAACAGAUCGUGCCUUGGCCGACUCGCAAAAUCAUCUUCUUCAAGCUGAACAGCAAUUAUCUAGUUACGAGCAAAAGCACAACGCGAAUGAUAAUAAAACUGCAACACUAAAUAAAGACAUUCAGCGUCUUAAAUCUGAUAUAGAUCAAUUGACAAAGAAUCUCGUUGAAGUUGAACGUGAAAAAGAUAAUUUACUUUUGCAACUUGAUGAGAAAACUGAAAAUAUCGUAGCUCUUCAGGAUGAAUUGCGUGCUAAAAAUCAUGAAGUCGAAGAACUACGACAUCAAUCUUCUGAUCUCAAACAGAAAAUUUCCACGAGCGUCGAUGAGAAAAAUACAAAGGAUUGCCAAUUAAAAUGUAAGAAUAAUGACAUUUCUCAAUUAAAACGCGAUCUGGAGGCGGCUCUAAAGAGUAAAGAGAAUUGCGUUCAGGAAAAUAAACGGAUUCAAGAAGAAUUGUCUUCUGCGUUGUUGAAUAAUCGCCAGAUGAAAUGCGAACUUGAAGUUGCAAAGCGACAAAUUACUGAUUUGAAGAUGCAGUUGCAACAUUAUUGCGCUGAGGUGAAACGAAUUGAGGAUAUGAUGGCCACCAAAGAGGUGGAAAGAAGUGAAAUGUUGGAUCAGUUUCGGAAUUUGUCGCAGGAGGCGAAUGUGUUGGAGAAUAACAAUCACAGUUUGGAAUCGGAAGCCACUCAGAGUAGAUUUCAAUUGUCAGUUGCUUUGGAUCACGCUGGUGAAUUGGAGCAAAUUAUUGCACAGCAGAAGAUUGUUAUACAAAACUACGAAAAACAGAUUGCUGAUUUAACUGCACAAAUUGCUACGUUGGAGAUGCAAUUGAAGCACAGUCAACUUCAACAAGACAGAACUUCAAUGGAAAUUAGUUCUUUGCGUGAGUUAUGCGCGAAACUUGAUAAACAGAAGGAUAAAUUGAGUCAAGAAGUACAAGAAAAAGAAUUUAUGACGUCUAAGACAAGAGAUGAACUUGAUACUUUGCGACGUAGUGCCGAAAUUGCUAAUAUAACUGCAGAAAAAGAACAAAACACAACUCGAACAAUGGAGACGAUUCUCAGCGAUACCAGACAACAAUUAGUUGAGCAGCGACUUGUAAAUCAAGAGCUGCAACAGCAAGUUAUCAAUUUUAAGGGGCAGAUUGCUGAAAUGGAGCAGAAUUUAUUUAAAGUGAAGAUGUUGGCAAGAGAUUUGUGCUCCUUCUUUGACAACUCUGAAAACCUGCAACUGUUGCAUCCUGAAAUGCGAGCCACCUUCCAGAAUCUCUACAAUGGCAAUUUCUGUGUUAAUCAUACAGCACACAAUCCGGACCACCGAAUGUUAAGUGACGACACAAUUCCUUCAGGAAUGUCUGAUCUCUCUGAUUUGGUUGUGGAUGUAACACAUAAUAGUAACAAGUCUGCGACGCUGGCAGUUUGUGGGUCUGGUCAGAAAUGUAAGAAGCAAUCGACUUCUAGUUCAUCGGAUAUCAAUGUGGAGGAGUUUCGACAGCAGAUUAAUAAUUACGGUAGAACAAAUCCCGUCGCAAUCGACAAAGUUAAGUACACCAAAGUUAAAGUUACGUCGUACACUCAAACCCAGAAGGGAGAUUAUAAGAAGGGCCAUUGAUGUUCCGUGGUAACGCUUUUAUUUAUUAAAGAGUAAUGGUAGGUAAUGGUUUUAUAUUAGAAACGCUUUAAAUUAUUUUUAUAUUGAUAUUGGUGUGAAUAAUUUUAUAAAUGAUGUGUUCAAUUUUGAUAAAUAUAUAGUUCUGUAAGUUUUA